GCAGGCGGCGGCGCCCAUGGCGCUCAGCAAGGGGCUGCGGCUGCUGGCGCGGCUGGACGCGGCCGGGGACUGCAGCGUCCUGCUGGAGGCGCGCGGCCGCGGGGACUGCCUGCUCUUCGAGGCGGGCGCGGUGGCCACGCUGGCCCCCGAGGAGAAGGACGUGAUCAGGGGCCAGUAUGAGAAGCUCGCCGACGCCUACGGCUGCCUGGGGGAGCUCAGGCUGAGGGCCGGCGCCACGCAGCUGAGCUUCCUGGUGCUGGUGACGGGCUGCACGUCGGUGGGCCGCGUGCCCGAGGCGGAGAUCUUCAAGGUCACGGCCACCGACUUCUUCCCGCUCCAGGGCGAGGCGCGGGAGGACGAGCGCCUGGCGGCCCUGAGGAAGAUCCUCAACUCGGGCGUCUUCUACUUCGCGUGGCCCAGCGAGGGCUCGUGCUUCGACCUCACGGUGCGCGCCCAGAAGCAGGGAGACGGCGCGGACGAGUGGGGGAACUCCUUCUUCUGGAACCAGCUGCUGCACGUGCCGCUGCGGCGCCAGCAGGUGAGCUGCUGCGACUGGCUGCUGAAGGUCAUCUGCGGGGUGGUGGCCAUCCGCACCGUGUACGCGGCGCACCGCCAGGCCAAGGCCUGCCUCAUCUCCCGCAUCAGCUGCGAGCGCGCCGGCGCCCGCUUCCACACGCGCGGCGUCAACGACGAUGGCCACGUGUCCAACUUCGUGGAGACCGAGCAGACCAUUUACAUGGAUGAUGGAGUUUCGUCCUUUGUCCAGCUCCGAGGCUCCGUCCCGUUGUUCUGGGAGCAGCCAGGCCUCCAGGUCGGUUCCCAUCAUCUGAGACUCAACCGAGGCCUGGAAGCCAACGCCCCCGCCUUCGACAGGCACAUGGUGCUCCUGAAGGAGCAGUACGGGCAGCAAGUGGUGGUCAACCUGCUGGGCAGCAGGGGCGGCGAGGACGUCCUCAACAGGGCCUUCAAGAAGUUGCUCUGGGCGUCCUGCCACGCCGGCGACACGCCUAUGAUCAACUUUGACUUCCACCAGCUGGCCAAAGGCGGGAAGCCCGAGAAGCUGGGGAGCCUGCUGGGGCCCCAGCUCCAGCUGCACUGCCAGGACUUUGGCGUGUUCGCCAGGGCCGAGCACGGGAGCCCACGCUUCCAGAAGGGCACCCUGCGGGUGAACUGCCUGGACUGCCUGGACCGGACCAACACAGUGCAGAGCUUCAUUGCCCUCGAGGUCCUGCAUCUGCAGCUCGAGAGCCUGGGGCUGGACUCAAAGCCCAUUGCAGAGCGCUUCGCUGAGUCCUUCAGAGCCAUGUGGUCCCUGAACGGGCACAGCCUGAGCAAGAUGUUCACGGGCAGCCGGGCCCUGGAGGGGAAGGCCAAGGUGGGCAAGCUGAAGGACGGGGCCCGCUCCGUGUCGCGCACCAUCCAGUCCAACUUCUUCGACGGGGUGAAGCAGGAGGCCAUCAAGCUGCUGUUGGUGGGGGACGUAUACCCGGAGGACGCAGCCGACAAGGGCAAGAUGCUCCUCGACAACGCUUCGCUGCUGGUGACCCCCCAGAUCCUGAAGGCCAUGUCAGAGCGCCAGGCAGAGUUCACCCACUUCAGGCGCACGCGCAUUGCCAUGGGCACGUGGAACGUCAACGGCGGGAAGCAGUUCCGCAGCAACCUGCUGGGCACGGCCGAGCUGACCGACUGGCUGCUGGACACGCCCGCACUGGCCGGAGCCACAGAGUCACAGGAUGACGGCAGCCCUGCUGACAUCUUUGCUGUGGGCUUCGAGGAGAUGGUGGAGCUGAGCGCCGGGAAUAUCGUCAACGCCAGCACCACCAACCGGAAGAUGUGGGGCGAGCAGCUUCAGAAAGCCAUCUCGCGCUCUCAUAGGUACAUUCUCUUGACUUCGGCACAGCUGGUGGGCGUCUGUCUGUAUAUCUUUGUGCGUCCGUACCAUGUCCCCUUCAUCAGGGAGGUGGCGAUCGACACGGUGAAGACGGGCAUGGGCGGAAAGGCCGGCAACAAGGGGGCCGUGGGCAUCCGCUUCCAGUUCCACAGCACCAGCUUCUGCUUCGUGUGCAGCCACCUGACGGCCGGGCAGUCGCAGGUGAAGGAGCGGAACGAGGACUACCGGGAGAUCACGCAGAAGCUCAGCUUCCCCAUGGGGAGAAACAUUUUUUCUCACGAUUACGUGUUCUGGUGCGGCGACUUCAACUACCGCAUCGACCUCACUUACGAGGAAGUCUUCUACUUUGUGAAGCGCCAAGACUGGAAGAAACUACUGGAAUUUGACCAGCUGCAGCUGCAGAAAGCAAACGGAAAAAUUUUUAAAGACUUUCACGAAGGCGCCAUCAACUUUGGACCCACCUACAAGUAUGACGUCGGCUCGGCCGCGUACGACACGAGCGACAAGUGCCGCACCCCGGCCUGGACCGACAGGGUGCUGUGGUGGAGGAAGCGGCUCCCUUCCGACCGCACCGCUGCAGAACUGAACCUGCUGGACAGAGACCUUGAUGCUGACCCCAGUGUCCAGCACAGCUGGUCCCCCGGCGUCCUCAAGUACUACGGCCGCGCCGAGCUGCAGGCGUCCGACCACAGACCCGUGCUGGCCGUCGUGGAGGUGGAGGUGCAGGAGGUGGACGAGAGCGCGCGUGACCGGGUGCUCCAGGAAGUGUCCUCCUCCCAGGGGCCCCUGGACGCCACCGUCGUGGUCGACCUGCAGUCUCCGGGCUCGGAGGAGAAGGACGAGUUCCCAGAAGACGUGCGGGCCGAGCUCUUGGAGACCCUGGGCAGCCACGGCACCAUCGUCCUGGUCAGGAUCAACCAAGGGCGGAUGCUGGUGACGUUUGCCGACAGCCACUCGGCGCUGAGUGUCCUGGGAGCGGACGGCAUGAAGGUGAAAGGCAGAGCCGUGAAGAUCCGCCCCAAGACCAAGGACUGGCUGCAGGCCCAGGUGGUCCGGCGGCGGCGGGAGAGCACUGCCUCCAUGUCACCCACGGCCGGGUCCCGGUUGCUGGAGGAGAGCUUCGACUUCACGAGCCUGGACUACGAGUCGGAGGGGGAUAUUCUCGAGGACGACGAGGACGACCUGGGCGACGAGCUGGGUCUGCCGGUGGCCCAAGACGGCGAGCUAGGCAGGGACGAGCCCCCCCAGGCCCCAGGCUGUGUGGCCCCCCUGGGCGGCAGGCCCCCAGCGCUGGCCGCGACACAGCCGACGUACAAAGAUGACGCGGACCUGGCGGUGUUAAAGUGGGAGCCGGAAGCGUCUGGGGAGCCCCGUCACCGUUCUCCGAGUAGGUCUCUGUCCGUCCCCGGCAGGCCCCGGCCAGCUCCCCCGCCGCAGAGACCCCCCCCUCCAACUGGCUUCGUGGUGAAAAAGUCAGCCUCGGACGCGUCCAUCUCGUCGGGCACGCAGGGGCAGUAUUCCAUUCUGCAGACGGCCAGGCUGCUGCCCGGAGCGCCUCAGCAGGCGCCCAAAGCCAGGGCCGGCAUCAGCAAGCCGUACAACGUCAAGCAGAUCAAAACCACCAACGCCGAGGAAGCCGAGAUGGCCAUCCGCUGCCUCCUGGAGGCCAGAGGAGGAGAAGCCCCGAGUGCCACAGUCUCCAAACCGGAGGCCCCCCCGGCGCUGCCCCGCCGGCCGGCACCCAGAGUCCCGGCGCUCAGGAAACCCACGUUGCGAAGGACCGGGAAGCCCCCGUCGCCUGAGGAGCCCUCCGCAGAGGCGCCCGUCCGGUUCACAGUCGGGCCCCCGGAGACCAGCCUCGACUUGCCCCCCGCGGCUGCCGCCCUUCCCGUCCCCAAGCCAAGGACACUGCAGCCUGGGAAGGGGGCGGAGAGGAGGCCAGAGCGUGUCCCUCUGGACGUCCCACCCCCCGUGCCCCCCAGGAGGAAGAAGUCGGCCCCGGCCGCCUUCCACCUGCAGGCCCUGCAGAGCAGCCCACGGCUCCUCGACAUGCUCUCCUGCAGCGACGGGACCCCCGCCCAGAGCGACUCCACGACCCCCGACCCCACACCUGACAGCCCCCCGGAGACGGCGUCGGAGGCAGCCUCUGCGCCUGGCCGGCAUCAGGAUCCCUUCUGGAACCUUCUCCAGCAGCCUCGCCUCCCCGUGGACUCCGAGCCCAAGGGCGCAAGGAGCCUCCCCAGGGCACUGGCGGCCCCGCUGCAGGACACGGCCCCCGCAGACACCGAGCGGCCCCGGGAGACGGUCAGCGACGAGGACCGGAGGACAGUGCUGCAGGCCUUCGACCCGCUGACGGAGACAUGACAGAGACAAGCGUCCGUGCGGGCCCCGGGGCUCCUGGCCUCCCCUCAUCCAAAGACAUGUCUGCCUGAUGGACGCUGACGGCACCUUGUCACCGCCGCUGUGCCCUGCGCACGGAGAUGAAUGUCCAGCCAUCCUAUCCAGCCAGCUCCAACCAGCUCCAGCCAGCUCCAACCAGAUCCAGCGCUGUCCCCAGACUUGUGCUUCCCCUGGGGCAGGCCCCCGGGUGGGACUCAGUGUGUGUGGACUGGUUGCAGGCGAAGGGGUCAAGCUGAUGAGGAAGAUCCAAGAUCUUGUCUCCUGUUGGCUUUUAAAAGACCGUUUGAUGGUGUGUGUGUGUGUGUGUGUGUGUGUGUGUGUGCGUGCGUGUGUGUGCGUGUGUGCGCGCGCGUGCGCGCACGCACGCCCGUGUGCUGUGGCUUUUUGCGUCUGCUCCACUGGUGUACAGAUUUGGAAGUGCAUUUGGAGGCCCGCAUGCACAUGGCUGCCAGGUCAGGGCUACACUCACAGGUUGGGUGGGUGGGUGGGACCAGCUAGCGCUGUACCUGCUGGUCCUCCCGGGGUACACGGAGGUUAGCCAGUGACUGUGCCCCUGAGCACUGCACCCGCUGUUCUGAGCAUCCAGCGCUCGCUCGCCCUGACCUGCCACUGGCUACAGGUGCCUGAGCCGGAUCUUAGAGCUUAGAACCCGGGGGUUCCUCUCCGCCCGAGUCUGGGUCUUCCCAAACCAGCUUUUAGACAGUGUUCCCUCCUCAGCCACCCUCCUGGAUCCGUUCUUCCCUUCUGUUCCAAACCCUGUGAAAGCACAAAGUGUGAAGGCCAGAGCUAGAGUACGGUGGGUGCUGUAUGGCACCUGCCUGGCAGUUUGAGCUGCAGCACCUUGUAUGGUCCCCCGGGCACUGCCAGGGGUAAUUCCUGAAUGCAGAGCCAAGAGGGACUCCUGAGCAUUGCUCAUGCACCCCCCUUCCAAAAUGAAAAAGCACCAAAUGUGAAACCUCACACCGGCACCUACUAUUGGGUCUCCUUAUUAGGACAAGAAGAGUAUUUGUGCCGCCUCUCUCCCCGGCGGGGGCUACCACGUGACUCCAGGGAUAAGGACCCACCAGACAGUGUUUGUGUGUGUGUGAGGUUUGCUUUUCGCCUGUACGUUUUCCUAGAUGUUCCCCACACGUCUUCUUGCCCACUUGAUCCUGUACAAAGACAUCGCUAAAAUGUUGGCCAUGCUUCCACGGUCUGGGCCCAGAAGGCACUGGGAGAAGAUUGCGUGCUUUCUCUGGCACAGUUUGACGAGUCACAUGCCCUGUGUGGCGUGCUCCUGCACCAGGUCACACGACAGUAAUUCUGUCCCACCCUCCCGCCCCGUGUGACCAGAUGCUCCAGGAACGAUGCUAACUGUCCCGGUGGGCCAUUUCUCACCAUCACUGUUCUGGGCCGACUGUGAGUCUGGGACUCCAGCCCCAGUCACACCCUGGAUGCCGUCCAAUCUGAAAACUGGCUUUUAAGGAAAAGUUGUUUAUUAGCUAGCAUGUGGAACGGGUCCUGGGCACGGCUCACCCCUGCCCCCCACCUUGUACCUGAAAGACUGUUCUCUGGCCUUCGCUGAUGAAGACACCUGUCAUGCAUGAAGACCCAAUGUCAUUUUUAACAGGCACCAAGGUCAAGAACAGCAGCUUCCAAAGGGCCCAGGGAGGAGCACGGCGAGGGGGCACUCAGCUUGCCCCGUUGCUGUCUGUGCCAGGAACCACAUUGAUGUUGGGGGAGCAAGUGGGCAUGGAACUGACGGUUCCUGGGCCCCUGGUUCACACACAUGCAAACACACAUACACAUGCAUGCAUACACAUAUACACAUGCAAACACAUACAUGCAUGCUCACACACAUGCACACACACACACCUCUCUUUCUCCCGUAAAAGGAAGUAAAUCUAGAGGCCAGUAUUUGUGCCCACAGGUCCAGAGAUCUGGGGCAAAGGGACACCAUGCCCGUGGCUGGCAUCGCGGGCAGUGAUGGUCACUGUCUUUGGCCCAGCUGGGUCGUGUCCAGAGAACUGAAUUUCAGGCACAAUCGCUGUGCGUCGCACGGGGGGCACUCAGGAAUGCGACAGAGUUCGUACUCCAUGGCAUGUGACCCCUUGAGGGGCAGGGCUGAGCAGAGACAGCAGUGCGUAUUUGGUCAGUGAUGUGAUAGGUGACACGUGAAGUUCUAGAAAUAAAGAGAACCACUAGCAUUGCCUUAUGUUUUCCCAGUCAUUGCUUGGCUAUAGGUAGAUUUCUGAGGGCUGCCAAGGCAGUGGGCAUGGCCAGGACUCUGAGCUGAGCUUGGUCUAGGAUUUCCCCCAUGUGGGCCUUUGCACUGCCAUCCUUGACCCUCAGCCCUUUGCACUGCCAUCCCCAACCCACCCCCGGGCGCCGCCUUCUCUACAGGCAGCAUUUUGCUGCCGAGUGUUUCAGCCACUUCAAUAAUGUGCGGGUAAUGUGCACCCGCCUCGGCCACCCGACUCAUAUUUCCUUUGACAGCCCCGUCGUCUUGCCCUAUUUUGUUGUUCAUUGUCCUAGUAAAUGCACCUAUGCAGACAGUGCCUGUGGAUGUUUGGGAAGACUUAAUAAAAAAUUUGCCGCGUCUGCCGUGCUGUGAAGCAGCAGCACAGGGACAGAAGGCAACAACGCUAUUUAUUGGGCAACUCGCAAUGAAUAAAGACCCUCGAUGUUUGUUUGAAGUGUGACCAUGUAUACAGAUGUUGUGAAAAUACCUAUUAAAUGUUUUGUCUUUUUUUAAAAA